AUGAUAUUCAUGUACCUCGACGAUUGGCUAGUAGUGGGCCGUUCUCGAGGGGAGAUGGAAGCGGCGCUCCAACUAACGUGGCAACUUGCUUCCGACCUGGGAUUUCUCAUCAACACCAAGAAAUCCCAUCCAGUCCCCUCUCAGGUUCCCACCUUUCUAGGUGCAUCCCUCGAUCUUCGCGGGGGACUGGCCCGUCCAUCGGAGGACCGCCUGCUGAACCUUCGGCAGUGCGUGUCCCUCUUCCUUCCGACGGUAGUGGCUCCGGCCCGAGCCUGGCUCAGGCUGUUGGGCCUUAUGGCCAGUCUGGUGGACUUAGUGGAUUUUUGCAGGCUGAGGAUGAGGCCAAUUCAACUUCACCUGCUGUCUUUCUACAGACCCCGCUGGCACCCGAUCGACCAUCCGGUGCCCACUAUGUCUUGGCUAGUCCCCCACCUUCGUUGGUGGCUAGUCGAGGCCAACAUAACGCAGGGCCGCGUUUUCCGCCCGCCCCGCCCGUCGGUACUUAUCACAACCGACGCGUCAGGGUACGGCUGGGGGGCUACCCUCCACCCGCGACAGGUCGCGGGUGUAUGGGGCCCCGCACAUCAGUCAUCCCACAUCAACAUCCUGGAAAUGCUGGCAGUCACCAACGCACUAAAACAUUUCCAGUCGGACGUCAGAGGGCAAGCAGUCCUGGUACGAUGCGACAACGCCACAGUGGUGGCAUACAUCAAUCACCAGGGUGGCACUCGGUCAGGCCAUCUGUGUGCACUAACGUGGGACUUCACCCUCUGGUGCAUACAUCACGGGAUAGCCCUGUCGGCAGUCCACAUCCCGGGGGAAGAGAACGUCACAGCCGACGCUCUCUCCAGAGGCUGGAUCGCCCCGACAGAGUGGUCACUGCUCCCACAGGUGGCUCAGUCGAUCUUCAGACUAAUCGACCGGCCGCAUGUGGACCUAUUCGCGUCGCGAAUGAACAAUCAGCUACCGAUCUACUGCACGAGGGGCCCAGAUCCCAACGCGUGGCAGACCGAUGCACUGUCGGUGCGGUGGGACGGCCUACUGGCCUAUGCCUUCCCACCCAUCUCCCUCGUUUCUCGAGUGCUGACCAAGAUCGAGCAGGAGGAUUGCCGAAUUCUCCUCAUAGCCCCGUUCUGGCCCCGCCAGCCGUGUUUUCCCCGGCUCGUCCGACUCUUGGUUCACCGCCCGGUAAUUCUACCGAGGAGGGCCGAUCUCCUUUAUCAGCCCAGCUCGGGAAUCAAUCACCAGGCUCCGGGGGAUCUUCACCUGACGUGCUGGGUAUUGUCACGCGAUCCCUCUGCUCAGCAGGCCUUUCGCGACGAGCUGCAACAAUUGCAGCCCAGUCCCGUAGAGCCUCAACCAGAAAGGUGUACGAUAGCCGACUACGCCAUUUCUUUAAAUGGUGUAGACGGCAAUCCAUUCAUCCCCCCAAUACUUCUGUAG